AUGGUAAAUUUGAAACCUGCUCUCCUUGGUUUUUUCUUGGAAAUCCCCUUGUAUCAAGCUACACGGUUUGCAGGAAUGCAAGCAAUCAUUGAGAGCGUGGCCGCGGCAAAAAGAGUCCAUUUGAUUGACCUUGAAAUCAGAAGUGGAGCACAAUAUAUGUUGUUGAUGCAAGCUCUUGCAACUCAACACGAACCUCAGGUGGAGCUUCUUACAAUAACUGCAGUUGGAACAACAUUGAGGCAUGAAAUUGAGGAGACAGGCAAAACAUUGGCAUACUUUGCUAAGACUUUAAAUUUACCCUUUUCAUUCAAAGUUGUUAUGGUGACCAGCCUCAAAGAUCUCAAUGAGAACUUAUUUGAAUUACACAAGGGUGAAGUUGUAGCUAUCCACUCUUCUAUUACACUAAAUCAUAUGAUUAGAUUGCCCAAUUGCUUGGAGUCUUUAAUAAGAGUGCUUAAAAAUACUAAUCCUCAAGUGAUGGUGGUCACUGAAAUUGAAGCAAAUGAUAACUUACUAUCUUUUGAAGACAGGUUUUUUGAAGUACUUUUUUACUACAGUACUUUUUUUGAUUGCAUGGAAGAUUGUAUGGCGCGAAGUGAUCAAAAUAGGAUGAUGGUUGAAGAAUUAUUGGGUCAGGCUAUUAGAAACAUUAUUGCAAAUGAGGGCGAGGAGAGGAUUGUUAGGCACAUGAAGAUUGAUGCUUGGAGGGCAUUUUUCAGCAGUUUUGGGCUUGUUGAAACAGAGCUUAGCAUGUCGUCAUUGUAUCAGGCAGAACUAGUUGUGAAGAAUUUUGCUUGUGGGAAAGGCAAAUCUUGUACAUUUGAGAAAAAUGGAAAAAGUCUAAUUGUUGGAUGGAAGGGAUCACCACACCUUUCUCUCUCUGUUUGGAAGUUUCAUUAA